AUGCCCCUGCCCAUCUUCAUUCUGAAACCGCUGAUACUGUUCCAUCCCUCGGUGGUGCUCAUGGGUGCUGCCGAGGCGCUAUGGGCCACCGUGGGGCUUGUCGGUGUCUGCCUAUACACGCUAUCGUCGCUCCAGGGGCUUGUCCAGGCGUGGCAUACGCUCAAGAUGCUGGUGCUGAUCCACUUGUUAUUCCAAAUGCCCCUCUACUUAGUCCGCGGCGGCUACCACGUUCUCGAGAUGGUCACGGGGCGGCGAUGUCCCGUGCCCCCGCCGAUGGCCCGCCUCGACACGUUGGUCACCGACUACUACACGCCACACGUGUUUCUCAUGGUGAUGCUGGGGUUCUUUGUCGUCGACUGGGACGGGAUGCUUGUGUCCGGAGUCACGCCCCAGAUGAAAGACGCCCUCACCAGUUACCCUAACGAACACCGCCAGUACCCGAAACCAUGGCGCCAGCGGCUUUAUUACUUGCUUAAGACGUCGCCGGAGUUCCAGCAGUGUGUGUCCCGCUACGCCUACCACCUCGUGUUUGCCCUGGUCGUGUUCGCUUUGGUGGAAGUGAUCCCCGACUACAAGUGUGCCCCCGUGGCCCUCAGCUUUUUGACGUGGAAAUGGCUUUCGGAGCGGUUGGGAGCAUUUCCCCUGGUGGUGGUCAUCGGCAUGCUCAACCUAGUGGACUUCCGCUACCAGGGCCCCGUGGUGACGCUGUUUGCCGGCGCCAGCCUUCUUGCCCGCGACUUGCUCGUCCCCUAUUUUUGCCGGGUCCCCUUUACGCGCUACGAGCUGACCCAGUGGGUCAAGCUGCGGGAAGGGGUGUUAUGGGGUUUUGCCGUCGUGUUCUGGUGUCUCCUCUGGCGGUUCCCCGUCGCCUGCUUUUGGAUCUAUAACGCGGCCCAGUUCGGCAUGGGCCGCCUCAUCUCGCGGAUCCUGGCGGCGCCGCCUCCGUCCAAGUCCGCCUUCUACCACUGGCUGACGUCCCAGCUCGUGUGGCGCCCCGUCGUUACCUAA